UUUUUUUUUAGUGCAUCACGUGCCUUGUUCGGUGGACUAUAUGCCUAUAUUUCGUCAGUCUUAGCUACGCGCUGACCGUAUACGCGGGUGCACCAUAGGACUGACGAAGGUUUAUCUGAUCCGAUCUAUCCUUAGGGGAGGGGCAUACAAAUAUCUGGUAUAUCUUGCGAUCACAGUAGUAUUAUAUUGAGUAUUGACCCAUCCCCGUCCACGUUUCAACAGAAUAGCUGAUACGUCAGGACAUUUUUGCCCACCGCUAUAUGCGACYUCGUUACUUAUCGUCCCCAUACAUAUCGUGUCACACUUAAAACAAACUGACGCGUAUAACAACUAUAACGUCGACGGAAAGGUAUGAGMAAAAGAAAACUUUUCCCAAGUUCCCCGAAUAUCAAUGCUAUUCAGGUGAAAAAUUAAAAUAUUAACUGUCACACGUAUAUAAUAAUUGAAUAUAUAUGUUGGACGUGCGCGACGUCGUUUCGUGUGCGGACGAAUUGUUUGAUGUGUACACGUUUUGCGAGGUGUCGGCGUCGCCAGCCGCUCAUUUUCGCCGGCGAUAAACACGAUGAUCGGGCGUGACGGCGCUCGUGAGUGCUGUGGGCGACAUUAUUUCGGGCAAACCGCUAGUGGCCGCCAGACGUUUAGCGGCACAUAAACUUUGCUGAUACGUCAACAAUAAUUAUAAUAUUAAUUGUCCGUCCACGCGCACCUCAACACAGCAACAAUAUGCCGGCGUAUGUCGUUAAAAUAAUUUGGACUGAAAAAAAGAUUUUGAAACAGCUGUGUUAAAUGUAAAACGAAGACCCGGGAAGAUUAAGAUAAAAUGACACAGACGUUGGACAAAACAAGAAUUAUGACCCUAACAAGUACCCCGUGUGACCUGAGUACCAUGAGUCUGUUUCAAGACCUGAAACUGAAGAGGCGCAAAAUAGAUUCAAGGUGCAGCAGUGACGGCGAGAGCAUAGCGGACACUAGUACUUCAUCACCAGACGUCGCUGGUCCGGCGUCACCAUCUAACCGAAUGGACAGAUCAGUACCGUCACCUGGGCUCAUCAUAUCGAUGGAUAGAAUGACGUCGUCUCCGGAAUGCGGAAGCGUGACCACGGAUAGCGGGCAAGACCCGAAUGACGUGGGAGAAGGCGUCAAAGUAAAAGAGGAGAUGUUAGACGACACGCAACCGAAAGAUGCGAUCGGGAUGGGAUACGAAAACGGGACGGUGGCCGAUAACAAGACGGAACCACCGUCGCCGUCGCCAUCACCUUCGGCGGUGGUCACAGCGGCGUUGGCGGCGGCGACGGCAGCAGCGCAACAGGAGCAGCAGCAGCAGAGACGCGAGUCGGUGGUGAUGACCAGUCCGUUGAGUUGCGUUGUCAAGUCACCAUCAACCCCACCACCGCCACCAUCGUCGUCGUCGUUGUCGCCACCCUUAACUUGGACGACGGCGACAGCUCAAACGAAUCCAUCACCGCUGAGGUGUUACACACCCUCCUCCGUCGCCAACUCGAUGUCGGUGACGCAGCAGUACCAGCAGCGCCGGCAAUCCGUAGUCACUUCCGUGUCAUCAGCGUUUUGGAACACGGGCACGCAGACUUCAGCCGCGUCCACUGCGCCGGGUAACGCAUCCGCGGCCACCGCCGCCGCAGCGUCCGUGCUGUCCGUGUGUCGCAUCAACGGCGUCCGGCCUGAGCUUAUUGGUGGUGCAGGAUUCGCGACCACGACUGCGGUCGCUACCUGCAACACUGAUAUGAAACCRCCKGCUGCCAUACCUCCACGGACUACCCGGUCUGCACCUACUGUCAUAAUGGGUGAAGCAGGUGGAGUGCGGACUAUGAUCUGGUCCAGUCCACCCUGCACCGUGGAACAAUCUACGUCACCCGCCAGCACUGGUUGCGGUUCUGUAGCAUCAACGGUCAGCACGCCGUACUGGUCGUCUGCGAGCACGUGGUCGUCCAAUACGUCGUCCACUUCGUCACCGUCACCGUCACCCGCGUCGGUCAGUGAAGAGUCAGCUGCCCAUCUCCUGCUGAACCUUGGCGUGGCCGCUGGCCACGAUGUAGCGUCUGUCAUCAGCCACGUGCCCGGUCUCAGGCCCAUUGGGGGUCAACUACAGCAGACAUCGGUUGCUGGUGGUGGAAACGGAGGCGGUGGUGGUGGUGGAAACGUCACCGGUGGUGGACAGCAGAGCUUUCACGUGCCGCUCAAUAUGGAACGGCUGUGGGCUGGAGACCUGUCGCAACUGCCGGUAGCCGCCACGCAUCAGAUGCACGCGCUCAACCUGACGGCUAACACGGGACCUGGAUGGCCAAUGGCCGGUUCCAAUAACGACAACAAGUCUGCGCCUGUCAACGCAUAUCACCAAAUGGAGGAGGCCGACGAACAGGAACAGCCCAUGGUGUGUAUGAUCUGUGACGACCGAGCCACAGGUCUCCACUACGGCAUUAUCACUUGCGAAGGAUGCAAGGGGUUCUUCAAACGUACCGUUCAAAAUCGGAGGAUAUACACGUGUAUAGCUGAAGGCACUUGUGAAAUAACAAAAGCUCAAAGAAACCGAUGUCAAUACUGCCGGUUUAAGAAAUGCAUCGGUCAAGGAAUGGUGUUGCAGGCCGUCCGAGAAGAUAGAAUGCCCGGUGGACGAAAUUCUGGCGCUGUAUACAAUUUGUACAAGGUAAAAUAUAAGAAGAAGAGGCCUCCAAAGAAUGGACAAGUCAAAAUGGAGAAGUCUGUUGCUUGUACAACGGCCAGUACGAUGACCACAAUUAAAACAGAAAACCAGGAUAACAAUUCCUCGUCCAUGUCGACUCUGGUCAACGGCACCAUAUUAAAGACUGCACUAACGAAUCCCAGCGAGGUCGUUUAUCUCAGACAACGACUAGACAAUGCUGUGAGUUCGUCAAGAGACCGUACGUUUUCGAUCGAAGCUACGGUGAACAUGAUCAAGAACCUCAUGGACUGCGACGAGUUUCAAGAUAUUGCUACUCUGCGGAACAUGGAGGACUUGCUCGAACAUAAUUCCGAUCUGUCAGCCAAACUGAUGCAGAUCGGCGACUCGAUCGUGUACAAACUGGUGCAGUGGACCAAGCGUCUUCCGUUUUAUCUCGAAUUGCCAGUCGAAGUGCAUACGAGACUUUUGACACACAAGUGGCAUGAACUACUAGUGUUGACCACCUCUGCGUACCAAGCAAUACAUGGGCCUCAGAAGAUAUGGAACUCAACCAAUAUGAACGGUGACCGGAACGAGGAUUCCGAGUUCCACCAAGAGGUGUUUCAAAAUCUGUGUAUACUACAAAACUGUCUGUCCUCGAUGAUGGGCAAACCCAUAACGAUGGACCAGCUCCGGCAAGAUGUUGGCGUAAUGGUGGAGAAGAUCACACACGUCACUCUCAUGUUCAGGAGGGUAAAGCUGCGAAUGGAAGAGUACGUUUGCCUGAAAGUCAUAAUUAUGUUGACACAGAAUAAUGGUAAUACCACUAGUGAGCUGGAAACCAUCCAAGAGAGAUAUACAUCUUGCCUGAAGACUUAUGUCGAACACACUUUUCCCAUGCAACCCAACAGGUUGCAAGAUCUCCUUCAACGACUGCCAGAGAUUCAGUCAGCUGCUUCGCUCUUGUUAGAGUCAAAAAUGUUUUAUGUGCCUUUCCUCUUGAACUCCACGAUCAGAAGUUAGUGCGUACAUUAUGCACGGAGGAUAGCUACUGAUCAUCAUUAUUAUAAUAGAAUAGAACCAGUUACCAAAAUAAUAACUAUAAUAUAUUAUGUAAUAUAUGAAAGUUAGAACACAGAAGAAAUGGAAACGACUAGAUGUUGUCACCUUCACGCGCACGCGUGUGUGAUUGCUACCGUAUAAUAAUUAUAUAGUUAGUACGUAUUCGUUUUGUAGGUAAAUUGAGCAUUGUUGAUUGUUAUAUUAUUAUGUGACCGAGAGGAGAUUCUUAUAUUCUUAUAUUAGGAAUAUUUUUUUUAAGUUUGUCUUGUUUUUUUUUUUUAAUGUAUUACUAAUACGUUUCAUUUUGUAACUCUUGAUAUUUUCCUUUAUGAUUUGGGAGUUAUUUAGUCGUCGGUACAAGCUUUAUGAGAAUAUCUAUAUAAUGUUAACAUAAUGUUAGUAUAAUAAUAAAUGUCCGCGAAAAUUUGUCCCACUUCUGUAUAAACUACGUAUAUAAAUAUAUAUACAUAUAUAUAUAUAUAUAUAUAUAUAUAAUUUUAAGAUAGUAUAAU